CCGCCCGCCGCCGCCGCCGCCGCCCUCCGAAUCCAACGGAAGGAAGCCCAACGAACCCAUCCAAAUCCCGCAAGGAUCACCACCUUCCCUGCUCGCGAUUACCCCACCCCACCCCCGCCCGCCGUCCAGCUCCGGCAAAACCUUCCCCUUCUCGCCCCGUCACCUCCCUUGCCUUACCCCUCGCCGCCUUCGCCUCGGAGAAGCAAGCGGAGGGCUCCAAGGAACCCGCCGCCAUGGUGCAGAGGAAGCAGGCGCGCAAGAAGCCCAAAGAUCCCGGCGCCGUUCUCGAGGGGGACGCCGUGCCGCCGAAGGGUAAUCCCGGGAGCAGGGGAGGCGGCAUGGCCCGGGCGCCGCUCCCCGGCUACAUGAGGGCGACGAGCUGCUCCGACGCGAAGGCCGGCACCGGCGGCCGGGCAGCGACCCCCGCCGCGCCGCCUCCCAAGAGGGAGCCGGUGAGGGAGAAGGUGGUGUUCACGGCGGCGCCGCCGCGCGUGGGCCGGGCCACGUGCUCCUCCACCAUGAAGGGACCCGGCGCCGGCGAGGCGCACGCCUGCCCGUACGGCUACUGCUCCCUCAAGGGCCACGUCCACGCGUCCGUGGCCCCCCUCAGCAGCUUCGUGGCGUCGCGGAGGCGGCUGAUCAAGACCCAGCAGAGCAUGAAGCUCAAGGGCGCCUCCCCGUUCCGCAAGCCCAACAGCGGCGGGGGCGAUGGCUUCUUCGUCGAGAUUCGCGCCGGCGCCGGGGCUGCCGCGCCGCCGGCUGGCUCGGACGUAACCUGCAGCGAUCUCUCCACGGAGGAGGUGGACGCGAUGGUGAGGCGGAUGGAGUACGUCAUGUUUGAUCAACUGAGUCGUGGGGAUGAUGCGGAGGGCAGGGCAAAAGGUUCGGGUGCUUCGGUGGACGGUUCUUGCGGAUCCAGUGAUGUGAUUUCAGAUGGUUCGGUCGAGCUGUUGGGGGCGUCCAAGCAUCGCCGCCGCGGAGAGGAGGCUGCUUUGGUGGAUCUUGAAGACGGAGACUUUGGUGCCUGCAAGUCGGACAUUUCCGAGGAGCUGGAUGCCAAACAUGAAACAAACAUCCCUGAAGGUGGAAUUUCUGACAAUGUCUGCUUCAAUCCUAUUGCUCAUAUACAUUUUGGAAUAGAGAAGCAAUUGUUGAUGCAUGGUGAACGAUGUGCCAAUUCUGCAGAUAGUGUCGGCAAUACUCCAAAGGAAUCAUCAGUUGAUAGCAUUUCCAGCGCGCUCAGUGGGAUAAGCUUCGAAGAUGUUAGUUCUGAUUGUGCUGAUGCAGCAUCCUCUCAGAGGAGCAAGCUGAGUAUUGCCAGGAGGAGGAAAACAUCUGAAGAGGGUGGAGAGCAAAUGCGUCCUUUCAAACCCAAGCCCCCAAAUUUUCUUCCAGCAGAAACUGGUCCAGAGGCAGAGAAGGUUGAUCUCAGGCAUCAUAUGGUGGACGAUCGGAGGACCGCUGAGGAGUGGAUGGUUGAUUAUGCUCUUCGGAAGGCAGUGAAGAAAUUAGCUCGUGCUCAGAAGAGGAAAGUGGAGAUGCUUGUGCAGGCCUUUGAAACUGUUCUACCCACAGAUGCCAAUGAGAAGAAACAGCUACAGCAAGACGGUGACAAGGCAAGCUUCACUCUUACUAGGCCAUCUCAAGCAUGCAGCUGAGGGUUUUAAAGUUUGUUGGUUAGCUGGACUAAUCAUUAUCUGAAGGUUCUCAGUGGUCACUGCAAUAUUAAUGCCAGAGACCUGCUCAACUAAUAGGGAGCAGAGAGCUGCUUACUGUCACUGUUUUCUCAUCGGGUAGUUGAGCUGCUAGAAGCUCACUGAGUUGGGUUAGUGCAAGACCUAGUGCAUGUACAUACUUAUGUCUCUUAUGCUCAGUUUAGUGAUGAGAAAUGAGUGUAGGAGACUUGCAAACUGGCAAGAAUGUUGAGAUGUACUAUUCCUUAGACAGAUCAAUAAAGCUCUUAUUGGCUGA